AAACAACAUCAUGAGUCUAUCCGCUGCUCAGCAAGGAGGUGCCCCGACAUGGAGAGAGGCCAGAAUGGAGAUGGCCAAAAGACUAAAGGACGACGAGAAGCUCCACUUGUUUGACGGAAUCCUCUACCCUGUGGUGCUCUGCCCGGCCGAAAACAUCGAGGCCCUUAGGACCCUGAAGGCUAGACCAGACGAUUUGGUUCUGCUUUCCUUCCCAAAGUGCGGAUUCAACUGGACGGUGUCUCUCUUACGGAAAAUGCUGGUUGCAGCAAAAGGGAAGAGUUUCUCAUCAGAGAUGCCUCCACAGCUUGACUUCUGUUCGCCAGAGAUGCAGAGGACAAUAGAACAAGAGCCGUCGCCAAGGUUACUGGGCACUCAUUGUCACAUGGGGAGACUGCCUCUUCUGUCCCAGUCCAUCAGAGACAACAAGACAAAGAUGCUAAUGAUGUUCAGGAACCCAAAAGACACGGCUGUCUCCUACUUCCACUUCAUGAACAGUAACCCAGCUCUUCCCAGCGCCGCGUGGAACUCGUUCUUCUCAGACUUCAUUACUGGGAACGUAACAUUUGGGUCCUACCUGGAUCAUAUUGAAGCCUGCUCCAAACUGGUCGAUGAACCCAAUGUGAUGACAGUUAUUUAUGAGGACCUAAAGGAGGACUUGACUGGAAAUCUCCGGCGGAUCGCCCGAUUCCUGGACGUCCCCCUGACGGAGGAGCAGGUCCAGGCCAUCUCAGCCGAGAGCACCUUCAGUGCCAUGAAGGAGAACGCUGUCAACACCCACGGCAAAUUUGGCAAUGUCUUAUUCCGGAAAGGUGAGGUGGGUGACUGGAGGAAUCACUUCAGUGAGGCCCAGAGCCAACAGAUGGACGAGGAGUUCAACAAGAGACUAGCAGGAACCAAACUGGGGGCCCUGCUCCAAUACGACACCUACUGCAAGUAGGGAAAGGCAGCAGGGAUCACACUUCAUCUCUGUGGGCCCUGCUCCAAUACGACACCUACUGCAAGUAGGGAAAGGCAGCAGGGCUCACACUUCAUCUCUGUGCUCACAGUGGACCCACCCAACCAAGACCAGAUUAACAUGUGCUGAUUUGAAUGAGAGAUGUGGUGAACAUUAGAAUGUGGACGUCUCUUCUGUUAACUUUAAUAAAGGACAAUCAGUUCCCUGUGUUCAAAAAACAACAUUUUAAACUACCUGCACGUUGGAUGUAUUUUAUGAAUGAAGACAUGUCUGUUGUGUGCAAUAUUAACAAACAUAAAAAAUUCACAAUCUUUCAUA